AUGAGAGUUUGGAUUGUCAUUAUGAUCAUUGUUCUCCCAAUCUGUCUUGUUCUUCCUGCCACCACCUUCAUCCUCCGACGUCUUCUAUGCCCAUCCAAACAGCCCGCGAGAGGUCCAUCAACCGCGGAUCGUGUCCGCCAACUAGCCGCCGAAGACUCCACCACUUAUAGAAGAGAUUCAGAUGAUAUGGUUAUGCUUUAA